AUGGAGCUGUACAGUGACAUUGUAUCACCUCCGUGUCAGAACGUGCUGUUGGUUGCGAAGAAGUUGGGUCUCACUCUCAACAUCAAACCUUCCGACAUUCACGAUCCAAAGGACGUCGCUGAACUGACGAAGUUAAACCCUCAACACACGAUCCCAACGUUCGUUGACGUCGAUGGACACGUGAUUUGGGAGUCGUACGCGAUCGCGAUUUAUCUGGUGGAGAAGUACUCCAAAGAUGAUGCGCUUUAUCCACGUGAUCCUCGCGUUCGUUCCAUCGUUAAUCAGCGGUUAUUCUUCGACAUCGGCACACUGUACAAGCAGGUGUUGGCGAAUAUUGAAGCAUCGAUGGAACGUGAACAGUCACCAUCGGUGGAACUGCAGGAGAAGCUUAAGCAGGCACUCGAUCUGACCGAGCAGUUCGUUACGGAACGAUCGUAUGCUGCUGCAGAUCAUCUCACGUUGGCGGAUAUCUUCUUGUUGGGUAGUGUUACGGCUCUCGAUUGGCUAAAGUAUGAUUUGGAGCCGUAUCCUGGUGUUAGAGCGUGGGUUGUGAAGGUUAGGGCAGAUUUUCCUGAUUAUGCGGAGUUUUAUAGGGAGAUGCGGAAAGCCACCGAGGCUUAUAUUGCAGCGAGACAUCCGUGA